ACAAUAUACAAUUUCACCAUUAGACAAAAAUUACACAAAAGUGGCGGCUGCACAUACACACAACCAUACAAAAAACCCACACAAUCAGCAAGCUAGCUUAGAAUAAAAAUUCAUAGUCAUCAUAACUCGACACUAACCAGGCCUUUUUUUUGACCAAAAAAGGGUUAACUUGGCCUAUGUAAGAUUAUCAAAAUUCGCGCAAAUGCUGCAACGUCGCAGAAAUUUGCUAGUAUUAAUUGUCAUUCUUCUGGCAAACAUUCAAAUUUAACAACUGCAAAGCAUCUGAGAAUAUAUACUAAGCGAAAAAAUACAAUCAAAUGAGUGGCACACUGGCAUUGCCAAACCAAGCCGAAGGCCCUGCAGAUGCUCCGCUAGAGGCUCGGUCAAUGGACGUUGAGGUUUCGAAAACUAACGGCUUUAGCCUUUGGCAAUGGUGGCAUAACUGGACAGCAUCAUCGCCAACUAUGCUACGGGCCGUAGAGAAGAAGAUACUUUCAUAUCUGAAGUUGCCCUACCGCGGCUUCUUCGUGGACAUUGGUCCAGCUGUGGGCGAUGCGGAUAAGAUUUGGACGGUGAGCAUGAAUACAGAGUCUAAGGAGGUGCCCCUUGUAUUGCUGCAUGGUCUUGGCGCCGGCGUUGCCUUAUGGGUUAUGAAUUUGGAUGCCUUCGCCAAGGAUCGCCCGGUCUAUGCAAUGGAUGUACUUGGCUUCGGACGAAGCUCCAGACCACUGUUUGCCAAAGAUGCACUGGUCUGUGAGAAGCAAUUUGUGAAAUCGGUUGAGGAAUGGCGUCGCGAAAUGAAUAUAACUGAUAUGAUACUGUUGGGUCACUCCAUGGGUGGAUUUAUUGCAUCCAGCUACGCGCUGAGUUACCCGGAACGUGUUAGACAUUUGAUACUGGCCGAUCCAUGGGGAUUUCCCGAGAAACCCGCCGAAUCGACCAACACUAAACAGAUUCCCUUGUGGUUACGUGCGAUUGCACGCGUUUUAACGCCAUUGAACCCACUGUGGGCCUUGCGGGCUGCCGGCCCGUUUGGCCAGUGGGUGGUUCAGAAGACACGUCCCGAUAUUAUGCGCAAGUUCCAGCAUACCAUCGAGGAGGACAUCAAUCUCUUGCCCCAGUAUAUACAUCAGUGCAAUGCCCAGCGACCGAGUGGUGAAUCGGCAUUUCAUAGCAUGAUGCAAUCAUUUGGCUGGGCCAAGCAUCCAAUGAUCCAUAGGAUCAAGGAUGUACGUAGCGAUAUACCCAUCACAUUCAUCUACGGCUCACGUAGCUGGAUUGAUUCUGCUUCUGGUGAGAAAAUCAAAUCUCAAAGGGGCACUAAUUUGGUUGAUAUUAAGAUCGUGACCGGUGCCGGGCAUCAUGUGUAUGCAGAUAAGCCAGACGUAUUCAAUCGCUACGUCAACGAGACCUGUGAUAUAUACAAAGUCAAUAAAAUUGAGCGCCAGCUGCAGCAGUUGCCGCCGGUGGUUGAAGCGAUACAGAUAAUCCGUGACUCAACUGAAUCGGAUGAGGAGCACGACAUGCCAAAUUUGAGGGCAGCGGCGGUAUCCGUGGAGAUCAAACCACAGACGGAUGCUGUCCAAGAUGUUACAUUCACAACAUCAAAAGAUGCUUCAAAAGGUGGAGAGGCAGCUGCAGCAACAUCGGCAGAAGCAACUACAACCGUAACAAAGACAAAGACCAACAAAUUAGAUUUGGCCGAUGUGAAACGAAAAUGAGAGAAAGCGCAAUGAAUAUUCUUGGCGGCCUUUAUAUUAUUAUAAAUGUUGCUUUACCAAU